GUUCUUUCAUUCGUAAUCGUAUAUUCGCACUUCUUCUGAGGAAGGAGAGAAACGCAGAUUCGAGAGUUGAGAGUGGAAGUGACGAUGUUGUUUCGAUCAAUUUGCAAACUUUUCAAUACCUCCCGUGUUUCUGCCUAUCAAUUUUACUCAACAAAACCUCUGAUUUCUUCUUUUCAUUCUUUCGAUGAACUCGAAGCUAAAAUAGUCUGGGAUAAUCGGGACCCGACAACCCCGGUGACCCCCAUUCUCAACCAAUGGGUUCAAGAUGGCGGAUCCAUCACUCACUUAAACAUCCAAUAUCUCAUCGCAUGCCUCUGUCGGAGACGUUGCUAUACGCACGCCCUUGAGUUAUCAGAAUGGAUGCGUGAGUCAAAAAAAUAUGACUUGACCCCAGCAGAUAUUGCUAAACAUCUCAAAUUGCUAUCGAUAGUUCGUGGCCUUGAACAAACUGAGAACUUCUACGAAUACAUUCCUAAUUCCCGAAUGAAAUUCAAGAUAAAUGUUGCGCUCGCGGAAUGCUAUGCAGAGCAUAAAUCUUUGGAGAAAGCGGAGGCUCUGCUGAAGAAAAUGAGGAAGAUUUAUCCCAUGAACUCCCCCAUGCGUUACAAUAAGAUGUUGAAACUAUAUGCAGAGUUAGGCAAAUAUGACAAAUUGGAUAGCCUAAUGCAAGAAAUGAUGGAGAAGGACAUACGCGACCCUGGUACAUAUACUAUUCUCUUGAAUGCAUAUGUUGUUGCUGCAGACAUACAAGGGAUAGACAAGUUACUAAUCAGGAUGGAAGUUGAUCCUCUUGCAACUGUUCGUUGGCAUACUUAUGCUAUCGCAGCAAAUGGUUAUCUGAAAGGUGGCAAUGUCCAGAAGGCCUUGUCAGCACUGAAGAAAUCAGAGCAGCUAGCUUUAGGCAACCCUGUUGCCUAUUUAUCUAUUCUAACUAUAUACGCUGGUAUCGGUAAUAAGGAUGAGGUUUAUCGAAUUUGGGGGAAGUGCAAACUCAGUAAGCGAUUUUACAACCAAGGUCACUUCUUAAUGUUAAGGUCUUUGGUGAAGCUAGGUGACAUUGUUGGAGCUGAGAAGAUCUUGGAAGAAUGGGAGUCCAAUUACAAAGUUUUCGACAUCAGAAUUCCACAUCCUAUGAUCCAUAUUUAUUGUAAAUUGGGUAUGUUGGAUAAGGCUGAGGCUUAUAUCAAGAGCCUUUUGGAUAGCGGCCAGCAAUUGCAUGCGGCAGAACACGACUGCGCGGAUAAUAAUAUGGAGAAAGCAGUUCAAGCAAUGAACACUGUGCCCUCUGCAGAAAGAACUAGUUGGAUGCAUAAACCCUUUGUUUUUGGAUUUUGGCUGAAUCUUUAGAGUACCUGAAGGAAAAAGGAGAUUUGGAAUCAGUGCUUCAGAUUCUCAAGUUCUAUAGUGAUGGCGGUUAUCUCUCUGUUGCAACCUAUGAUAAACUAGUAAGUUAUGUUCAUGUUGAAAUCCCUGAUGCAAAAGCCAUUGAUCUGAUUAGAGUGGAAAAUCAAUUAGAUGAAGGCACUGAACAUCUUGAUGAGGAUACAAAUGAUAUUUGAAGGUAAAUUUUAGUUGCAGAACUAAGUUACAUGUGAAGCCUGUCUCAAAAUGUGGCCAAGAAAGAGUAGAUUCUGUAGUCAUAGCUGACAGAUAAGUGAUUUCUUUUUGUCCACCUUUGUUUAAUUAAGUAGAGACUAAAGUUGAAGUUUUUCAUCAUUAUGUGCCAUUAAAUCAUCGAUCUAAUUUUUUCACUAUCAUAUAUGUUAACAUUUAAUCUAGGUGGAUACUCCAAUGAAAAUUUCAUAAUUAUCAUCAUGUAAAGAUAUCUCAUUUUAAUUAUUGGAUAAUAAAUUUUAGGUUUAAUUACUCUGUAGGUCCCUAUAAUUUCAUCGAAUUUUUAAUUAGGUCCCUAUACUUUUUUUCUUUUCAAUUGGGUCCUUAAACGUUAAUUUUUUUUUUCAAUUUAGUCCCUGCCGUGACAAAAACGUUUGAGAUAACAGAAUAUUCUGUUUAAAAAUCGAAUAUUCUCCUAAUUAUAUUAGAAUUACUAAUUAAAUCCACCCCCAUUUUUUUAAAAUACCAAAACUAACCCUUAGCAUUUUGUCCCAAAAUUGAAGAACCCUAGCCCGCGCUUGUUGUCGUCCCUAGCCAUCGCUUCCGUCGCGUUCCCUCGCCGUGGAUCGCCUCGCCUGGCCACACCUCACCUUGCUCUUCUGCUCUUCUUGUAUCGAUGCUGAUGGUAGAAUCUUCAAGAAAAACGCCCUAUUAUAAUCUCAGGUUUAGUGGGGAGCUAUGAAGCUUAUUUGGCUAAUGGGUCAGAGAACAGUUUUCUGCUUGUGUUCAAAUUUGGUGGUUGGAGAGACUGCAGUGAUUGCCACCACGGACUACCGCAGUUGGGAACCCGUGGAGGUUGGUGGGUGGGAAGGAGAAGCCUUCUAAGCAUGAGGAUGUCCCUGGGGAGUCAAUGGAUUAAGGAGAAAAAGGAGAAUUUUUCGAGUGCGUACUGCAUUUAAAAAGGAUCCUGCUGAUGCUGAGUCCAUCCUUUCCGCACCAAGAAAGAAAAUUCAGAUAUUUGAAAAUGGGUUUCCAGCUGGUGAAGAUGCUGAUGAUGUUGAAAGAGAAGAGUCAGAAAGUGAUGAAGUUGAUGAUCUAGUAAACCCUUCAAGUGCUGAUCCAAUUUCUGGACAUUUUGAUGAACCAAAUGUUUCCACAACAAAUGGAAAAGAAAAUUUGGAUAAUGAUGUAAAACUUGACCAAAUGAGUUUGAAAUGGAUUUGCCUUGUUUUCCUGAGGAUGGUUACAAGGAAGCUAAUUGUCCUGGCUCCGUCACUGAACAAUCUGUUGUUUGUGAAGAUUUGAAUACUGGAAAUCCUGACCAAGACAAUAUGGAAAUUGAUAAACUCAAGUCUGCUCUUUAUUGUUGAUCCUAUGCUGGUUCAGAAAUUGAGAGACUCCAACACAAGAACUGAAAUUCGAGAUUAACUGUAUUAUACUGAGAUUAUAUUUUCUAUAGUUUUCAUUUUUAGAUUUCAAAUUUUAUUGGUGUACUAUAAUAUGAUAAAGACACAAAUUAUAUUUCAUGA